CAGCCUUGCUGCGCUAGAGCGCACGGAGCAUGUGCGGACCUGCGGGCGCAAAGGUGUCCUGCCCUGGGGGCUUCUGGGCAGCGGUGAUUGACUGUCACGCCUAGACAGACCUUUCGGGGGCUCUCGCCGCGCCUCUGCGUCGCGGGUGACACUGCGGUGGUCGCGAUCAGGGUGGCAACUGCCUCUCGGAGACGUCUUGGGCUCCGUGCGCCCUCCCUGUCCUUCCUCCGCGGCUCGUCCAUCCCUUCUCCAUCCCUCGCCGGUUCCCACUCGCAGCCUCCUGGAGCGGGAGGCGCGCUUCGCGGUCACUUCGCUUUCCAAGGGGCCUUCUCACCUCGGAGAUGCAGUGACAGGUGAAUAUGGGAGGCUUCCCAGAAGGAGAAUCAUAAGAGGCAAGAGACCCUGAGCGUCCAGAGCCCGUGGCCAAGCCGCCCAGGAGGAGCGUGAGAUCGCCAGCAGCAUCCGUCCAGGUGGGACCCGCUGAGCGCCGCCAGCAGCCCUCCGCCCCUUUCCGCACCCCGAAAGCGCGCUCACCCUACAGCUCCGAGUUCCCCGACCCGGGGAUUUUUUUCUCUCCGCUGCCGGUGGGCGCCUCGCGGGCGGAGGCCCGGCGCCUGCUCUGCUGCCCGAGCUGCCUUUAGCGGUCGCCUCCGCAGCCGCUGCCAGGGACGUGCUGGGAAAGCCGAAGCCCCGGGAGAAGAUGCCGGCCAUCCUGGUCGCCUCCAAAAUGAAGUCGGGACUGCCCAAACCCGUGCACAGCGCCGCGCCCAUCCUGCACGUGCCCCCGGCCCGGGCCGGCCCCCAGCCCUGCUACCUCAAGUUGGGCAGCAAGGUGGAGGUGAGCAAGACCGCCUACCCUAGCCAGAUCCCGCUGAAAUCGCAGGGGCUGCAGGAGCCGGAGGGGGAGGGGCUCCCGCUGCGGACAAGCGGCUCGCUGGAAAACGGGUUCGAUACCCAGAUCUACACGGACUGGGCCAAUCAUUAUCUAGCCAAAUCGGGCCACAAACGUCUCAUCAAGGAUCUUCAGCAAGAUGUGACGGAUGGUGUCCUCCUGGCCCAGAUUAUCCAGGUUGUGGCAAAUGAAAAGAUUGAAGACAUCAAUGGCUGUCCAAAGAACAGAUCACAAAUGAUUGAAAACAUAGACGCCUGCUUGAAUUUCCUGGCAGCUAAGGGAAUAAACAUCCAGGGGCUGUCUGCAGAAGAAAUCAGGAAUGGAAACCUCAAGGCCAUUCUAGGCCUCUUCUUCAGCCUCUCCCGGUACAAACAGCAGCAGCAACAGCCCCCAAAGCAGCACCUCUCCACGCCGCUGCCGCCUGCCGUGUCCCAGGCGGCCGGGGCCCCCUCCCAGUGCCAGACUGGCACUCCUCAGCAACAGGUGCCAGCCACUCCCCAAGUCCCGUGCCAGCCUCACCAGCCAGCGCCUCAUCAGCAGUCAAAAGCACAAGCUGAAAUGCAGUCCAGACUUCCAGGUCCUACUGCAAGGGUAUCCGCUACAGGCAGUGAGGCCAAAACCCGCGGAGGGUCAGCCACUGCUAACAACCGACGCAGUCAGAGCUUUAACAACUAUGACAAGUCCAAACCAGUUACCUCCCCGCCCCCGACCCUGCCACCAAGCAGUCAUGAGAAAGAGCUAUUGGCCAGCCCAGCCUCCUCCCACCCCGGAAUGAGCGAGAAUGUCCCAGCUCCCCUGGAGAGCUGCAGCACCUCCCCGGCUGCUAACUGCAGCGCCUCCUCGUCCAUCCCCCAGCCCGGUGCCGCCUCCAAGCCCUGGCGCAGCAAGUCCAUCAGCGUGAAGCACAGCGCCACCUCGUCCAUGCUCUCGGUCAAGCAGCCGGUGCCCGAGGGCCCCAGGCCCACCCCUGAAGCCAUGAAGCCCGCCCCCAACAAUCAGAAGUCCAUGCUGGAAAAGCUUAAACUUUUCAACAGUAAAGGGGGCUCCAAGGCGGGUGAGGGCCCAGGGUCCCGGGACACGAGCUGCGAGCGGCUGGAGAUCCUGCCCAGCUUUGAGGAGAGUGAAGAAAUGGAGGCCACCAGCCGCUCGCUGUCCACUCCGGGCCCCGCAUCCAACAGCCCCAAGAUCGCACUCAAGGGCAUUGCCCAGAGAACUUUUAGCCGGGCACUGACCAACAAGAAGAGUUCUCCGAAAGGCAGUGAGAAGGAAAAGGAGAAACAGCAGCGGGAGAAAGAAAAGGAGAAAAGCAAGGAUCUGGCCAAGAGAGCCUCCGUGACAGAGAGGCCGGACCUCAGAGAGGGGCCAAAGGAAGACCCCAGCGGGGCAACGGUGACAGAGAUGCCAAAAAAGUCCUCCAAGAUUGCCAGCUUCAUCCCCAAAGGGGGGAAGCUCAACAGUGCCAAGAAGGAGGCCCCUGCCCCUUCCCACAGUGGAAUACCAAAACCAGGAAUGAAGAGUGUGCCCACGAAAUCCCCAAGUGCCCCAGUUCCCUCCAAAGAGGGGGAGCGGAGCCGGGGUGGGAAGCCAAGCUCAGGGCUCCCCCAGCAGAAGCCCCAACUUGAUGGCAGACACUCCAGUUCCUCCUCCAGCCUGGCAUCCUCGGAAGGGAAAGGCCCAGGAGGGACCAGCCUGAACCACAGCAUCAGCAGCCAGACUGUCAGUGGGUUCGUGGGGACCACCCAGACCACAGGAAGCAAUACUGUCAGUGUCCAGCUACCUCAGCCCCAGCAGCAAUACAGCCACCCCAACACUGCCACGGUCGCGCCUUUCCUGUACAGGUCCCAGACAGACACCGAAGGGAAUGUUACUGCCGAAUCCGGCUCAGCAGGUGUGAGCAUGGAGCCCAGCCACUAUACCAAGAGUGGACAGCCUGCUCUGGAAGAACUCACUGGGGAAGAUCCCGAAGCUCGGAGACUGCGGACAGUGAAGAACAUUGCUGAUCUGCGUCAGAAUUUGGAGGAGACCAUGUGCAGUUUACGGGGAACUCAGGUCACACACAGCACAUUGGAAACAACAUUUGACACCAGUGUCACCACGGAGAUCAGCGGGCGCAGUAUCCUCAGCCUGACCGGAAGGCCCACUCCUCUGUCCUGGAGACUUGGCCAGUCCAGCCCUCGGCUCCAAGCGGGAGAUGCCCCGUCUCUGGGCAACGGGUACCCGCCACGCGCCAACGCCAGCCGCUUCAUCAACACUGAGUCAGGCCGCUACGUGUAUUCGGCCCCACUGAGGAGGCAGCUGGCCUCCAGGGGCAACAGCGUCUGCCACGUAGAUGUCUCAGACAAGACAGGGGAUGAGAUGGAUCUGGAAAGCAUCAGCAUGGAUGCCCCUGGCUACAUGAGCGACGGGGAUGUUCUGAGCAAGAACAUCCGGACAGAUGACAUCACAAGCGGGUACAUGACCGAUGGUGGACUUGGCCUCUACACCCGUCGCCUGAACCGACUCCCUGAUGGGAUGGCUGUGGUGCGGGAGACGCUGCAAAGAAAUACCUCCCUGGGCCUUGGAGAUGCUGACAGCACAUUGGAAACAACAUUUGACACCAAUGUCACCACGGAGAUCAGCGGGCGCAGUAUCCUCAGCCUGACCGGAAGGCCCACUCCUCUGUCCUGGAGACUUGGCCAGUCCAGCCCUCGGCUCCAAGCGGGAGAUGCCCCGUCUCUGGGCAACGGGUACCCGCCACGCGCCAACGCCAGCCGCUUCAUCAACACUGAGUCAGGCCGCUACGUGUAUUCGGCCCCACUGAGGAGGCAGCUGGCCUCCAGGGGCAACAGCGUCUGCCACGUAGAUGUCUCAGACAAGACAGGGGAUGAGAUGGAUCUGGAAAGCAUCAGCAUGGAUGCCCCUGGCUACAUGAGCGACGGGGACGUUCUGAGCAAGAACAUCCGGACAGAUGACAUCACAAGCGGUCAUCCACAGACGGACGGCGAGAAGCACUCGCAGGUGGAGAGGAGCUCCCUGUGGUCUGGCGAUGAUGUCAAGAAGUCAGACGGAGGUUCAGACAGCGGCAUAAAGAUGGAGCCAGGGUCUAAGUGGAGGCGGAACCCCUCUGACGUGUCUGACGAGUCUGACAAGAGCACUUCAGGCAAGAAGAACCCCGUCAUCUCACAGACGGGCUCCUGGCGGCGAGGCAUGACAGCGCAGGUGGGCAUCACCAUGCCGAGGACGAAGCCAGCUGCCCCUGCGGGCACGCUCAAGACUCCCGGAACCGGAAAAACAGAUGAUGCAAAGGUAUCUGAGAAGGGAAGACUGUCUCCCAAAGCCUCUCAGGUGAAGCGCUCCCCAUCAGAUGCAGGCCGCAGCAGUGGUGAUGAAUCCAAAAAAGCCCUCCCUAGCAGCUCCAGGACGCCCACCGCCAAUGCCAACAGCUUUGGGUUCAAGAAGCAGAACGGCUCAGCCGCUGGUCUGGCCAUGAUCACAGCCAGCGGAGCCACUGUUACCAGCAGAUCAGCCACACUGGGCAAAAUCCCAAAGUCAUCUGCACUUGUCGGUCGGUCUACUGGUCGGAAGACGAGCAUGGAUGGGGUUCAGAAUCAGGAUGAUGGUUAUCUGUCUCUCAGCUCCCGGACAAACUUGCAGUACCGGAGUUUGCCACGGCCCAGUAAGUCCACCAGCCGGAAUGGAGCUGGGAACAGGUCUAGUACCAGCAGCAUAGAUUCUAACAUCAGCAGUAAGUCAGCAGGCCUGCCGGUGCCCAAGCUGAGGGAGCCUUCCAAAACGGCCCUCGGUAGCUCUCUCCCAGGUCUGGUCAACCAGACAGAUAAGGAGAAAGGCAUCUCAUCGGACAACGAGAGCGUGGCUUCUUGUAACUCAGUGAAAGUGAACCCUGCAGCCCAGCCUAUGUCCAGUGCGGCUCAGACCACUCUCCAGCCAGGGGCUAAAUACCCUGACGUGGCCUCUCCCACGCUGCGCAGACUCUUUGGUGGAAAACCUAGCAAGCAAGUACCCAUCGCCACAGCUGAAAACAUGAAAAAUUCAGUGGUCAUCUCCAAUCCUCAUGCCACCUUGACCCAGCAAGGUAACUUAGAGUCCCCCUCAGGCAGCGGCGUCCUGAGCAGCGGGAGCAGCAGCCCUCUCUACAGUAAGAAUGUGGAUAUCAACCAGUCUCCUCUAGCCUCCAGCCCCAGCUCAGCCCACUCAGGGCCCUCCAACAGCCUCACCUGGGGCACCAACGCCAGCAGCUCCUCCGCAGUUAGCAAGGACGGCCUGGGCUUCCAGUCCGUCAGCAGCCUCCACACAAGCUGCGAGUCCAUUGACAUCUCCCUCAGCAGUGGAGGGGGACUGAGUCACAAUUCCUCCACGGGCCUCCUUGCCUCCUCUAAGGACGACUCGCUGACGCCCUUUGUCAGAACCAACAGCGUGAAGACCACACUGUCGGAAAGCCCUCUCUCUUCCCCUGCCGCUAGCCCUAAGUUCUGCAGAAGUACUCUGCCCAGGAAACAGGACAGUGACCCGCACCUUGAUAGGAACACUUUGCCUAAGAAAGGACUCAGGUAUACUCCCACCUCCCAGCUUCGCACACAGGAAGAUGCAAAAGAAUGGUUACGGUCUCACUCUGCAGGCGGCCUGCAGGACACCGCUGCCAACUCGCCUUUUUCCUCUGGUUCCAGUGUAACUUCUCCCUCAGGAACAAGGUUCAACUUCUCCCAGCUUGCGAGUCCCACCACUGUCACCCAGAUGAGCUUGUCCAAUCCCACCAUGCUGAGGACCCACAGCCUCUCCAACGCCGAUGGGCAGUAUGACCCUUACACUGACAGCCGCUUCCGGAAUAGUUCCAUGUCCCUGGAUGAAAAGAGCAGGACCAUGAGCCGUUCAGGCUCAUUCCGGGAUGGGUUUGAAGAAGUUCACGGAUCCUCGCUCUCCUUGGUUUCCAGCACAUCAUCAAUUUAUUCAACACCAGAAGAAAAAUGCCAAUCAGAGAUUCGCAAACUGCGGAGGGAGCUGGAUGCCUCCCAGGAAAAGGUUUCAGCUUUGACCACCCAGCUGACAGCAAAUGCUCAUCUGGUGGCAGCCUUUGAACAGAGUCUCGGAAACAUGACAAUCAGGCUCCAGAGUUUGACCAUGACAGCUGAGCAGAAGGAUUCAGAACUGAAUGAAUUAAGAAAAACCAUUGAGCUACUAAAGAAACAGAACGCAGCUGCCCAGGCUGCCAUUAAUGGAGUAAUUAACACACCGGAGCUCAACUGCAAAGGAAAUGGCAGCGCCCAGUCUGCAGACCUGCGCAUCCGCAGACAGCACUCCUCCGACAGUGUGUCCAGCAUCAACAGCGCCACCAGCCACUCCAGCGUGGGCAGCAACAUCGAGAGCGAUUCAAAGAAAAAGAAGAGGAAGAACUGGUUACGCAGCUCCUUCAAGCAAGCUUUCGGGAAGAAGAAGUCCCCCAAGUCAGCAUCCUCGCAUUCAGACAUUGAGGAGAUGACGGAUUCUUCUUUGCCUUCCUCACCAAAGUUGCCACACAACGGCUCUGCGGGAUCCACCCCACUGCUGAGGAAUUCCCACUCCAACUCUCUCAUUUCAGAGUGCAUGGACAGCGAAGCCGAGACAGUCAUGCAGCUCCGAAAUGAGCUGAGAGACAAGGAGAUGAAGCUGACCGACAUCCGCCUAGAAGCCCUCAGCUCUGCACACCAGCUUGACCAGCUCCGGGAAGCCAUGAAUAGGAUGCAGAGUGAAAUAGAGAAGCUGAAGGCUGAGAAUGAUCGGCUGAAGUCGGAGUCUCAAGGCAGUGGCUGCAGCCGGGCCCCCUCCCAGGUGUCCCUCUCUGCCUCCCCGAGGCAGUCCCUCGGCCUCUCCCAGCACAGCCUGAACCUCACGGAGUCAACCAGCCUGGACAUGUUGCUGGAUGACACUGGUGAAUGCUCGGCUCGGAAGGAAGGAGGCAGGCAUGUUAAGAUAGUUGUCAGCUUUCAGGAGGAAAUGAAGUGGAAGGAGGAUUCCAGACCACACCUCUUUCUUAUUGGCUGCAUUGGAGUUAGUGGCAAGACGAAGUGGGAUGUGCUCGAUGGGGUGGUUAGACGGCUGUUCAAAGAAUACAUCAUUCAUGUCGACCCGGUGAGUCAGCUAGGGUUGAACUCAGAUAGUGUUCUGGGCUACAGCAUUGGGGAGAUCAAACGCAGCAACACUUCCGAGACGCCUGAGCUUCUUCCCUGUGGCUAUCUGGUCGGGGAGAACACUACCAUCUCUGUGACCGUCAAAGGGCUCGCAGAAAACAGCCUGGAUUCCCUGGUGUUCGAGUCCCUGAUCCCCAAGCCCAUCCUGCAGCGCUAUGUCUCCCUGCUGGUGGAACACAGGCGGAUCAUCCUCUCUGGCCCAAGUGGCACUGGGAAAACAUACCUGGCCAACCGGCUCUCAGAGUACCUGGUGCUUCGGGAGGGACGGGAGCUGACAGACGGGGUCAUCGCCACCUUCAACGUGGACCACAAGUCCAGCAAGGAGCUGCGCCAGUACCUAUCCAACCUUGCUGACCAGUGCACCAGUGAGAACAAUGCGGCGGACAUGCCUGUCGUCAUCAUCCUAGACAACCUGCAUCAUGUCAGCUCCCUGGGUGAGAUCUUCAAUGGGCUGCUCAACUGCAAGGACCACAAAUGUCCUUACAUAAUUGGCACAAUGAACCAGGCUACCUCUUCCACUCCUAACCUGCAGCUUCAUCACAACUUCAGGUGGGUGCUCUGUGCCAACCAUACAGAACCCGUAAAGGGUUUCCUUGGCCGGUUCCUGAGGCGGAAGCUCAUGGAAACAGAGAUCAGUGGGCGCGUACGGAAUGUGGAGCUGGUAAAAAUCAUCGACUGGAUUCCCAAGGUCUGGCAUCACCUAAACCGCUUCCUGGAGGCUCACAGCUCCUCGGAUGUCACCAUAGGCCCCCGGCUCUUCCUGUCGUGCCCCAUUGACGUAGAUGGCUCCAGGGUGUGGUUCACUGACUUAUGGAACUACUCGAUUAUCCCCUAUCUCCUGGAAGCUGUCAGAGAAGGACUCCAGCUCUAUGGAAGGCGGGCCCCCUGGGAGGAUCCCGCCAAGUGGGUGAUGGACACCUAUCCAUGGGCAGCCAGCCCCCAGCAGCACGAGUGGCCGCCCUUGCUGCAGCUCCGGCCUGAAGACGUGGGCUUCGAUGGGUACUCCUUGCCUCGGGAGGGCUCAACCAGCAAGCAGGUGCCCCCAAGCAGUGCUGACGGAGACCCGCUGAUGAACAUGCUGAUGAGGCUACAGGAGGCAGCCAACUACUCCAGCCCCCAGAGCUAUGACAGCGACUCCAACAGCAACAGCCAUCACGAUGACAUCCUGGAUUCGUCCCUGGAAUCCACGCUGUGAUGGGCCCAGCCACAGAGCCCACCCCUCCCCUAGCCCUCCCCACACCCACCUCCCUCCACCAUCCUGAAGAUGACCUCCUGAGCCAGCCCCCUGGCUGCAGGGACACCAAGAUCCCUCGUUCUCCAGCCUUGAGCUGGGGACAGGCGUCCCAGGCCAGUUGCCUUGGGACCCUUCCUUCUACAGUGAGAACUGCACUACCUUCUGUUUCAUGGGAAUUAUUGUUUUGCCUUGUUGCUGUGACCUCCCUAAGACGCUCAAGAUACUUCUCGGGAAAGGAUCGUCACCACUGAAAUGAAAAG